AGUAGGGAACAGCGCGCGGUGCUGAGAAAUCUCCUCACUCACUCUCUCACAUGCAUAGAAAUGCAGGAUUAACCCUGUGCGGAGAAGAUUCCUGUGCCAAAACUACGUUUAUAGUCUACUUCUGAGGAAGGCGAAGCGGUAAACCAGACUCCAUACGUUUUGCCAUGUACUAUUACAUUUCUACAUUAUUUCCGAUAGAUUAUGCUAUCAUUCCGUAACGUAUAACGCGGAGCACUAUCAACAUUUUUGUGAGAACCUGUACUCUCCUAAAAUGAGUGUUUGAGGAUUUAUGGACUGAAACGAGGGAAGUUGCGCGUUUUAGAACUGUCUCGUUUGAGAACUGUCUGAGAAACAACAGCAAAGACAUUUGAAGACCCAUCCUCGGGCGUAAUUUCUCAUUUAUUAACACUUAAAUGAGUGCCGACGUUUUCAAACUGCUGCGGAGUCGUGGGAAUGGCGUGGAAGAAUAACUCGGCCACUUAUGGAUUGUUUCCCAUCGGAAGGAUUGUACGUUUUCUUGAUGUGUGGAUUCUUUAAAGCAGGUGUUUAGGCCUCCGUGUCGAAGGAAACAUCAGCUGUAGUUGAUCCUCACCUCAGACAAGAAAACCUCGAUCUCGGAAGGAAAAAGUGAUCGACGAAGACUGAGGUGUUACCUCUCCGAGGGCCCAUGGAUCUCCCUGUGGUUUUGUUUCUGCUGUGGGGACUGUUACUGGACUUGCUGACUGGUGCGGUUGGUGGCAUUCUAUACCGCGUUCAUGAAGAACAGCCUCCGAGCACACUGAUUGGCAGCCUGGCAGCAGACCAAGGCCUACCAGACACUGGACACCUGUACAAACUGGAGGUGGGCGCUCCCUAUCUGCGGGUGGAUGGCAAAACUGGAGAUAUCUUUACCACCGAGAUCCCCAUAGACAGAGAGACACUGAAGGAUUGUCGUAAUAAAGGCAAACCCUGCUUUCUGGAGUUUGAGGUGUCCGUCACAGACCUUAUUCAAAAUCAGAGUCCACGGCUGAUAGAGGGAAGGAUCGAAGUACAGGAUAUCAACGAUAACACACCACAGUUCCCCUCACCUGUCCUUACUCUCUCAGUUCCAGAGAACACCCACAUGGGGGCACUCUUCUCAAUUCCACUGGCCACUGAUAAAGAUACAGAGAGGAAUGGAGUAGCUGACUACACCUUAACAGCAGGACCAGAGGCUGUAGCACUCUUUGGUCUGCAAGUUGCAGAGGAUCGAGGUGAAAAAUUACCUCAACUCAUAGUGUUGGGAAGCCUUGAUCGAGAGCUGAAAGACUCAUACGACCUCACCAUCAAAGCUGUGGAUGGAGGAAAUCCACCUCGCUAUAGCAGUGCCUUGCUGAGGGUUGUCAUAGCUGAUGCCAACGACAAUGCACCAAAAUUUGAAAAAUCCUCCUAUGAAGCAGAGGUUGCAGAGAACAGCCCGAUUGGACACUCUGUGUUACAGGUAAAGGCUAAUGAUUCAGACUUGGGACCUAAUGGUGAAAUUGAAUACACAUUACAUCAGGCCAUUGAUCCUGUGCCAAAACUGCUUCGGAUAGAUCGCUCAUCAGGCAUCAUAUAUGUCAAAGGACCUUUGGAUCGUGAGGAGAUCAACAAUUUGAAGUUUUACGUAGUUGCACGAGAUAAAGGCCCUUCACCAAAAAGUUCUAAAACUUACGUUUCUAUUGAUGUGACAGACCAGAAUGACAAUGCACCAGCAGUGGAGAUUCGAGGAAUUGGUCUUGUGACCCACAGUGAUGGUGUAGCAAAUAUUUCAGAGGAUAUGCCAGUUGGAACUGCAGUGGCACUGGUGCAAGUUUCAGACAAGGACGAGGGAGAGAAUGCAGUGGUGACCUGUGUGGUUGCAGGGGAUGUUCCUUUUCAGCUUCGACCAGCUAGUGAUUCAUCAGUUGACAACAAGAGAAAGUACUUUCUACAGACCACAACACCACUGGACUAUGAAAGAGUUAGGGACUACCGAGUGGAAAUAGUAGCAGUGGAUUCAGGCAAUCCAGCUCUAUCCAGCACCAACUCUCUGAAAGUCCAGGUGACUGACACAAAUGACAAUUCCCCUAUUUUCUCACCCACCCUGUUUGAAGUAGAGUUUGCUGAGGAAAACCAACCAGGAGAAAAGGUGGUAGAGGUAGUUGCCUCAGAUGCAGACAGUGGAACUAAUGCAGAGCUGGUCUACAGCAUUAUUGCAGACUCUUCAACAAGGGGCCUUUUUGAAAUUGACCCCAACUCAGGAGAAGUACGUGCUCGGAGCCCUCUCGAUCGUGAGCACAAGGACCGCUAUGAGUUCCGUGUUACUGCAGCUGACAAAGGGGUUCCCAGUCACAGAGGUACUGCCACAGUUGUAAUCAAAGUACUUGAUCGGAAUGAUAAUGACCCCAAGUUCAUGCUGAGUGGCUACAGCUUUUCAGUCUUGGAGAAUAUGCCACCCCUUAGCCCUGUUGGCAUGGUAACAGUACAGGACAUGGAUGAAGGUGAGAAUGCUCAAGUGCAACUUUCUGUGGAACCGGAUGUGGGCAAAUUUGUGAUUCAGAAUGGUACUGGCACUAUUCUGUCCAGCAUCUCAUUUGACAGAGAGAAGGAGAGUAGUUACACAUUCAGGUUGAAAGCUGUAGAUGGAGGAGACCCUCCCAGGUCAUCUUACGUUGGAGUGACCAUCAAUGUCCUUGAUGAAAAUGACAAUGCACCAGUUGUAACCAAACCAUCGAAUUCAUCCUUUAUACGUCUGUCUCCCAUGGCUGCUCCAGACAGUGUUGUUGAAGUUGUCGAAGCAGAGGACAUUGAUUCUGGUUCCAAUGCUGAACUAGUAUACAGUAUUGCUGGAGGAAAUCCACAUGACCUUUUUUACAUCUCACCAUCUAAUGGCGAGAUCACAUUAACCAAGGAAUUAACACGCAAACAUAGUGGUCUGCAUCGACUGGUCAUAAAAGUCAGUGACAGGGGCAAACCAUCCCGCCAUGCCAUUGCCUUGGUACACAUUUAUGUUAAUGAAACUAUUGCCAAUGUAAGUCAUGUGGAGGCACUUGUGGGGCAUAGUUUGUACACCCCACUCGACAUGGACAUUGCAGGAGACCCAGAUUAUGGUUUGGCUGCCCAAAGAAGUAACAUUGUGUAUGGCAGUUUAGCUGGAGUGGCAGGAGUCGUCACCGUGAUCGUUGUUGUGGUCUUCAUCAGACAUCGCCUUCAAAGAGAAACUAAGAGUGGUUAUCAGGCUGGCAAGAAGGAGACCAAAGAUCUGUAUGCCCCCAAGCAAGGGCCAAAAAGUGGCAAGGGGAGAAAAGGUAAAAAAGGGAAGCCACCAAAGUCACCUAAACCUCUUGGAGAGGAUGAAGAAGUCAGCCUUCAAAAGAGUCUGAAAUUUAACCUUGAUGGGGUUAAUGACAGCCCCAGGAUCCAUUUGCCUCUGACAUAUCCGCCUGGAAGCCCUGACCUGGGCAGGCACUAUCGUUCCAAUUCCCCAUUGCCCUCCAUCCAGCUCCAGGCCCAGUCCCCAUCUGCCUCCCAAAAGCAUCAGGCUGUCCAGGAGCUCCCUGCUGCCAAUACCUUUGUGGGAACAGGCGGGGAUGACAACUCCACCGGCUCAGACCAGUACUCGGAUUACAGCUACAAGACCAAUCAACCAAAAUACAGCACAAAAACGCUCCCGCAUCGCAGAGUGACGUUCUCCACAGCCAACCCGAUGCAAGAUCAGCAGGACUCGUCUCAGCAGAGUUACUAUGACAGUGGCUUGGAGGAGUCUGAGACCCCCAGCAGCAAGAGUUCUUCAGGACCACGUAUUGGGCCCCUCGCUCUACCUGAGGACCACUACGAAAGGACCACCCCCGAUGGUAGCAUCGGAGAGAUGGAACACCCUGAAACCGAUAUUCGUUCGUUGCCUGAUGUUGCCAUGACGGGGAACUGCAGUCAGGAGUGCAGCGAGCUGGGUCACUCAGAUGCUUGUUGGAUGCCCGGUCAGCCUUCGCCUGUUCGCAAGACCCGCAACCCCCCUAAACUGUCCACGUUUGUGCCUUAUCAGGAGAGGGGGAGCCUGGGACGCCUGGCCAAUGGGAGUGUGAGGCUGGGAGGAGAUGAGAACAGGCCACGCCUCCCACCUUCCCGUAGUGCCUACUCCAGUAGUGAGCACGCCCCCAGUGACCACGCCCCACUGGAGGAGGUGCCUCUGAGUGUGACAUCAGAGUUCCCGCCUACCAGCCCCCCCUCCAAUCACGCCUCGAAAAGAGAGAUUUACCUGUGAGAUAACCACGCCCACCAUCUUUGAUUGACGCACAUCAGAAGUUUCAGAGACACGGUGCGCAAAACGCGAACAUCGAAUCUGCGACAGGAUAAAAUAUCAAUCGAAUAGUGGAAAACACACUAUUGUCAUCAAAGUAGAUUUAUUUAUUUAUUUUAUUUAUUUAUUCAUACCUUCAUCUAUUUAUUAUCACUUUUAACAUGUCGUUUCUUUUAAACUUUUGUACCGUUUUUGCAUACCGUCAUCCGACUAACCGACUUUUAGCUUCGCUAGCCUACAGAAUGUCCAUGGGUUCUUUUACUAGACUACCAAGUGCUGUAGUGAGCAGGAGAUACUGCUGUAAAGGGUCUUGAGCCACAUAGAGUGUCUAACACUCUUAACUUGAUCCUGUCCUCAGAGGAGAGCAGUCUUUAUACGUGUAAAACGCUGUAAAUACAUUUGUAUGGUGUAUAUAUGAAUAUAUCUCUCCGGCUUGAGUUUAAAAAAUUAAAUAAAGGUCAAAAGUUACAUCUAAAUCAGCCUGAAUACCUUAAGUGUGUGUCGGUGCCACUGCUUUAGAGGGUCUGAGCGUUUGUUAUGGGAUUGUGAUGUCCUGGCGGUGCUCUGUGACCCUUGCCGUGCCCGUCUAGAAUUUAGAUCCGUAUGCGCGCUGUAUAGUUUGUGUGUAGGUGUGCAUUUAGUGAGGGUGGGUUUUAACAGCGAUUAACUCGCUUUGACAGACCUUAACAUAUGCCGGUGAGCGCGUCAGGGGACCUACCGUCACGAAAAGUAACACAUGUGGCUCCUGGCACAUUAACACACUUUUCAACAGAUGAGAAUGUGCGCUCAUACUUUUGUGUCAUGCGGCAGAACUUGUGUUUUUUGGCACUGUGAAUCUCUCCUGAACUCCCACGGUGUAGUGCAAAAGCUACCUGGCACUGGCAAAGACGCCUACGGCUCACACAGCACAGCCUCAGCGAGGAGGAGACCACCUGCCUCCCCUCAAAUUAUCAGUUCCGUUAACUUGAUGGUGUGUUAAGUCCACAGACGCGCCUCGUAUCCAUUCCAUUUUGGCCACAGUCAUAAUCACGGUCUUGUUUUUGGUUGUUUACAUGGUUUCAAAUGAACUCUUUGUGUCCUAUUUAGACUUUGUUUGAAGAACAAAUGUAUUAAUGCCUUAAAAACAGUUGUAUAUAACAAUCACAAUGGACAAAUUAGACUGAUAAUCCUGUCUUGUCUUUGGCAUGUCAAUUGUGCAUGUUUUUUUUCCACACAAUCAAAAAAAAAAAUGGCAAACAGUUACAUCACCACAAUUUGCAAUUUUUUUCGCAUUUAAUGUCCUGUCCUCCAUCGAUUGGGUAUUUCUUCUUUUUUUCGUUGACACUGUGCUGACUAUCUAACUUGCUCUAAAGCUGUGUCUCCCUCCAUGUUUGAGAGAAUCUCUGGGGGACCAUUUUGACUAUCUAGUGUGCUCAAGGACCAUAAAUCUGAUGGACAUUAUCAUUAUUAUUGCAUCACGGUGCAUUGCCUCAAUAUCUCUACUCUUUUUUUCCCCCGCACCUGCUGCAGCACGGUACCCGUGUGUCUGCAGGGGGGUCGACGAGGUGUACAGCAAUGGGCAUUUCCUUAAUUAGGGUGAGUAAUGAGUGUGGUGCAGUUGACAUAUGUGAACACUCCAGCCCCCACCCAAAGGAAGCACAGAUCCCCAAUCCGAACGCUUCAAUUGUUGAGUCGCGUUUUUCACUGCACUUACCUCAUCGCGACUGCCUUCAGCACCUCUCGCCGAAUAAUUACGUAUGGAAAUGACUGGACGUAGCCAUGAUUAAAUAAGGCGAAUGAUUAUCCCACCCUAAGGAAAGAAAGCACAUUAUGCUGUUUUCAAAGCCAUUUAGUGACUCUGAUUGGGGGGCGGGGGGAGGGGGUAUCCAGCAAGAGUCAUGAUCCGGCGUAAUUAGCCCAGCUCGCUUUCCCUCUUCUCCGCUGCAAGCGCGCUCUUCUUCCCAGGCGAACGUGUGAGAUCGCUGACCUGGACUUAACACAGCUAAAAGAUAGAGAUGACCACAAAAGUCUACCACCACUUACAGGCUUUCAUCUAUUCAAACUCGGAGUGAAGCAGGCUUUGACCUUCCUCCACUCCGAUGCCAGCCUGAGUCAGAUAGUCUGAAUUGCAGGUUUAGACUCUUCUGGCUUCAUCGAGGCUGUUUUAGUGCUAGUAAUUCUAAGGCUAGACUCCUCGAGUCCUUCCUGAGGACGGACGGAGGAAUGUCCACUUCUCGUGGUUGUUUUUUAAACUGGUGUUUAGAUGUGUGCUCUUUCGCUGUUAGAUGUCUGGAUGUGACGAGACGACCAUAACGAACGAGGGAGUCUUUUUCUUCGUCCUUAGAGCGAGACUUUUCUUCAUAGAGUAACGGAAAAAAACUGGUGUUUGUGGUAAACAUCUCUUCAAAAGUGUUCUGUACAUAGCUCUCCACAUUCUCCCCCCCGUGCGUGGUGUCAAGCAGGCGACGCGUUGAGCAUGAAUUCCAAAGAUAAUUGGUAGAAACCGUUUACUGUUCUUGCUGAAAUGUUAGUGCCGGUUCAGAAACCUUUUCUUGAGAACAAAAGCGACGUUCACUGCACAAAACUCAUCUUCACCGUUCACCCCAAACUGAAGACAGCUGCCUUGAAAGUAUGUCUUUUGCAGGAGAGUUCAAAACUUGUUAUCCUUAAUUGUUGGUUAUAUUUAUAUAGGACUAAAAAUGCUUGUGAUGAUCUGUUUUUGUACAGUUUUAUGUACAUGCAAGUGAAGCUUUUUAAAUCUUACAACAAAAGCCGAUGGCAUAUAAAAAUCGUAAAGUGUUUAUUGAGAUAUGUGCACAUCUUGCCUUGGAUGGAUCGAUCUUUUUUGCAGAGUCAGUGUGAAUGUGGCCGUCGUAUGCCUGCACCGUAGUCAUUCACUGGCUCCUGUCACAGAGGGCUUUAUCAGAUUUUAUGUUUAUUGUGAACAGUGGGUUGUCCGAUCCGACUUGUUUGUUUGAUUCCCAUGUGUUUCGUUUCGUUCUGUUUCCGCAUGUUAAAAACAACCCCCUUGUAAUAAGUCCUUGCAAAGUUUGUAAUAAAACGAGUGAGAAAAAGAACAAAAAACAAAGAAAUACAUUUGCUUGGUGAGUCAUUGUUUAAGAAUGAAUCUAGGGACUGUGAUUUCUCCAUAGAGCGUUUUCAUUAAUAAAGCAAAUUGAUCUGACAAAGA